AUGUCGGUGCUGGACGCACUCUGGGAGGACCGGGACGUCCGCUUCGACGUGUCCACACAACAGAUGAAAACAAGACCUGGAGAAGUCCUUAUUGAUUGUUUAGAUUCAAUUGAAGAUACCAAAGGCAAUAAUGGUGAUAGAGGGCGACUCUUAGUAACAAAUUUAAGAAUUAUCUGGCAUUCUUUGGCAUUGCCCAGAGUCAAUCUUUCUGUUGGUUACAACUGCAUAUUGAAUAUUACAACAAGGACUGCUAACUCUAAAUUACGAGGCCAAACUGAAGCUCUUUAUAUACUAACAAAAUGUAAUAAUACUCGUUUUGAAUUUAUAUUUACAAAUGUGGUUCCUGGAAGCCCUAGACUUUUUACUUCUGUGAUUGCAGUACACAGAGCUUAUGAAACUUCUAAAAUGUAUCGUGAUUUCAAGUUAAGAAGUGCACUGAUUCAAAAUAAGCAACUAAGAUUAUUACCACAAGAACAUGUAUAUGAUAAAAUCAAUGGAGUAUGGAAUUUAUCCAGUGACCAGGGAAAUUUGGGAACCUUUUUUAUUACCAAUGUGAGAAUUGUGUGGCAUGCAAAUAUGAAUGACAGUUUUAAUGUCAGUAUACCAUAUCUGCAAAUUCGUUCAAUAAAGAUUAGAGAUUCAAAAUUUGGUUUAGCCCUUGUCAUAGAAAGUUCUCAGCAGAGUGGAGGCUAUGUUCUUGGCUUUAAAAUAGAUCCUGUGGAAAAAUUACAAGAAUCAGUAAAGGAAAUCAAUUCACUUCACAAAGUCUAUUCAGCUAGUCCUAUAUUUGGAGUGGAUUAUGAAAUGGAAGAAAAGCCACAGCCCCUUGAAGCCUUGACAGUUGAACAAAUUCAAGAUGAUGUAGAAAUAGACCCCAGUGAUCACACAGACGCUUUUGUGGCUUAUUUUGCUGAUGGCAACAAGCAACAAGAUCGUGAACCUGUAUUUUCAGAAGAACUGGGGCUUGCAAUAGAGAAAUUGAAGGAUGGAUUCACCCUGCAGGGACUUUGGGAAGUAAUGAGUUGA